AUGGUCCUACCUGUCCCCCAGGCCCUCCCGGUCCACCUGGACCAAAGGGGAGAUAAAGGAUCCCGGGGACGAAGAGGACACAGAGGGCGAACAGGAAAUAAAGGAGACCAAGGUAUUAUGGGAUCUCCUGGAAAAUGUGGCAAGCAUGGCAUCAUAGGACCUGUGGGUCCGAAGGGUGAUGCUGGACUCAAGGAACAAAAAGGAGGCAUGGGACCUGUAGGCAUGCCGGGAGCUAAAGGAGAACCUGGCGAAUCGAUUUCAUCUCCUGUUGUUGCCGUGUCCGCUGAAACGCUGACAGUUAAGGAAGGUAGAUCAGCCUCGUUUCUGUGUUCAGUGAGUGGUAAUCCCAAUCCUCUUAUAGUGUGGAGUAAAACGAACAGACAGUCCAGUCGGUUAGUGGUGUCAGGAGGAAAGUUGGUUCUUAAAAAUGUUCGAGGAAGUGUUUCGGGUGCAUAUAACUGUUCAGCGGUCAACAUUUUAGGACAGGUAUUGGUACAACUGAUAGUAAAUGGUAAGAUCAUUCUCAAAUAG